AUGUGGAUGGUGGGUUACAAUGAAGGUAGUGAGUUCAAUAUGGUUGAUCAUUCAUUCAGUGGAAGGAAACUCAGGCCUCUCAUGCCAAGGCCGAUGACUUCUCUUAACACUGCACCACCAACAACCACUGUUAGCUUAACUCACCCCCAUGGCAAUGAUUUCCCUUCACAACAUGAUUAUCACCACCAUUUUGCAGCAGUGGCAGAACGAAACAAGAGAGAGCAGUUCAAUGGUACAGGACCAGUUGUGAUGAGCUCAUCAAGGUGGAAUCCAACCCGAGAGCAACUAAGAGCCCUUGAAGAGUUGUAUAGAAGAGGAACAAGGACACCAUCUGCUGAGCAAAUCCAACAUAUCACUGCACAACUUAGAAGGUUUGGUAACAUUGAAGGGAAGAAUGUGUUCUAUUGGUUUCAGAAUCACAAAGCCAGGGAAAGGCAAAAGCGUCGCCGCCAAAUGGAAUUAGACGCUGAAACUACUAAGAAAGAUUCAGCUGCAAGUAGAGCAGUGUUUGAAGUUAAACAGACCAAGAACUGGACACCCUCAACAAACUGCAGCACUAUUGCAGAGGAAUCUGUUUCAACACAGAGGACUGCAAAAGCAGUGGCUGAAGAGAGUAGAACAGUUGAAUCGCUCCAAUUCGAUGAAGGGGAAUUACAACAAAGAAGAAACCUUUUGGAGAGGAAUGCAACGUGGCAUGUGAUGCAGUUACAUUGUCCUUCUCCUUUUGCACCUGUCAUACCCCUCAUAAACACCCCUCCUAAUGCCGCUUCAGCUAUCAGUAUGGCCACUACUACAACCACAGUAACAACAACAAAAAUGGACCCAAACCUCAUUAAGACACAUGAUCUCAGCUUUUUUAUUUCACCCCAGAGAGAAAACAGUGUUAUCUACUUAAGUAGUAGCAGUAGUACUAGUGAAGAUGAUAACUGUGUGGAGUCUCAAACCCUUCAAUUUUUCCCAUUAAGGAGUGGUGAUGCUUGCAAUGACAACAUGAGGGAUAAGGAGACAGAGAUAUCAGCUUCAGCAAUGAAUGCCAAUAACUUGACCCCAAGUCAGUUUUUUGAGUUCCUUCCUAUGAAGGAGUAA